GUUAAAUUUGGAUGUAAUUUGAGAUUAAGAAGUAAAGUAUCAUCACAAAACACACAUGAUAAUUAUAAACUGUUUAUUUUAUGUUAAUGGAAGCUUAAACGUUCAAACCUCAGAAUGAAGGUUCAGCUUGUGUGACCUUUUGUGAUGAUGCCCAGUGACUCCUUCUCUCUUUGCAUCUUGUUUGAGUGUCUGCAGUGAUUUUCAUAAUGUAUUGAGAGCACAUGCAGAGUUUUUCUGGAGAAACCUCCCUAAUUUCCAUGUGGCAGACGGAAGUGAUCUUGCCCAGUUGCUGCUCCUACCACAACUCCUGCAGCACUAUGUGCUUUUGCUCUGCACAUUAUAAUAAUACCUGUGGACAUGUUGCUGCGAGCCGCUGUCUUUUUGUGGAUUUCUGCUGGAUUUCUAUCUCUGCCGGACAAGUGCGAGGCCUGUCUUGGCAAUGGCUUCCCUGCAGUGUGUGAAUUUGCUUUCAGAAAUGUCUGUUUUGAGUUUGUUGGGGAAUCCAAAAGCUGGUCUGCAGCCAGGAGCUGCUGUGAAAAGCGAGGAGGACAACUUCUGAAGGUGAUGAACAGCCCAAUCCAAAUCUUCCUGAAGAACAUCACCAGCGCGAGAAAUAUCAGCAACCUCACCUGGUGGCUGGGUGAGGGGGUCGAGGGGGAGAACCAGGGACCUGCCAUAAAAAAUGGUAAUGUUUCAAAGGACAGCUGCACAUUCAUGAAGCUGAAUCCUUUUCAACUCAUCGUAACAUCUGACUGCAACCAGACACGAGGCGUCCUCUGCACCUAUAAUGCCUGGUCCUCAUCAAGCACAAUGAAGAAAAUAGUGUCCAGUCAUGCAACCAGAUCUCGGAGCAGGAGGGAUGUAGCCAUCAUGGCUUCCGCUGUUGAUAACAUUCAGACUCUUCUCCAGGAAGCAGAUAAAGAACUGCUGCGAAUGGAAAAGACACCAGGGGAGCCAACAGAUGACAAUAGGGACAAUUUCAUUAAACAUUUGUUAGCAGGCACUAAAAACAUAGAUAAACAAUUUGCUCUGCAAAGCCCUGAAACCAUCAGUCACAUCAUCAACUGCAGCACCGCCAUCCUCCUCCUCUCACUGAAGAAAUGUGACAUCAGCACCAACCCAAACCCUACGUCUUUGUUUGAGAAUGUCUAUGAGAUCUUUCGACAAAUCUCUGUGCUGCUUGGUUCGUCAACAACAGAGCCAAUUAUUUUCAAGCACCGGACAGGCACAAUCUAUCAGAACAGUUUUAGUAAACCUGCUGAUCUCAACAAUGCAGUGCUGGGUUCAGAGAAGGAUGAUGCGUUCAUCAAACUCCCCUCAUUUUCAGCCCUCAAAUCUCAGCUUGGAGACAAGAAAAACAUCAUCGCUCAGAUGUCGACAUUCUCAACAAAUCCCCAUCCAUCAGAUGUAAACAUCUCAGGAACUCUUUGCAGCCUCAUUCUUACUGAUGGAGAUUCAGACAUAAAGCUGUCACACCUGACAGAGAUGAUAGAGAUCUUUAUGCCUCAACCGAAUUCUUCGCAAGUCAUAAAUAAUACCGUUGUGUUGGAGGAAAACAAAAAGGCGCUAACGACGCUUAACGUCACAGACCCCAACGUCACCAUCUUCUUCACGGUGGAGCCCAGUGCCAACGUGUCACUGAUGCUCACGUUGUCUGAGGGGUCGCCUCCAAACAAGACACAUUCCAGCAACACAACUAUCUUCAGCCGUACAGAAGGUUUUCGCUGGAUGAUAACUCCGGAGAUGUUGCGGCAGACUCCUGGAGUCUGGUAUGUUGACGCCCAGCUCUUCAAUUCCACCUGGGAGCCGGGCCUGAAACUGAACAUCGCUUCUUUCACGAGCAAAUGCCUGUUCUGGGACGUAAAGAAGGAGACAUGGAGCACUGAUGGCUGCCAGGUGGGAGAGAAGAGCACUCCGGAGCUGACUCAGUGUCUGUGUAACCACCUCACUCUCUUCGGGAGCUCCUUCUUUGUGAUGCCAAACCAGGUGGACAUUUCUCGCACUGCAGAGCUGUUUGCCACUGUGUCCGAGAACUACGUGGUGCUGGCGCUUCUGUGCGCUUUCUUCGGCCUCUACCUGAUCACUCUGCUGUGGGCGUGCUACGCCGACCGCAGGGCACGCUCUAAGAGGAAGAUGACUCUGCUGGAGGACAACCACGCAGGCGCUCUGUACAACUAUCUAAUUGGCGUCCAAACUGGCCAUCGCAAGAAUGCUGGGACGACUGCCAAUGUGUCUGUGAAGCUGUUCGGCUCAGAGGGGGAGAGUGACUUACACGCCCUCACGGAUUCCGACAAGCCGGUAUGCGAGAGAGGAGCCUUCGACAUGUUCCUGUUGGCCACCCCCUUCCCACUGGGCGAGGUGCGAAACCUCAAGCUGCUGCACGACAACUCCGGAGGUCGCCCAUCAUGGUAUGUAAAUAAGGUGACCAUACAAGACCUCCAGACACGACAGGUGUAUCACUUCUUCUGUGACUGCUGGAUGAGCUCUGACCAUGGAGACGGAGUGACCAAGAAGACGUUCAACGCUGCAAAGAGCAACGAGGUCGCCAGCUUCAGGAAUAUUUUUCAGACCAGAACUUCGACUGGCUUCAGGGAUGAACAUAUCUGGGUGUCCAUCGUGGAUCCUCCCUCUCGUAGUCCAUUCACACGUGCCCAGAGGGUCUCCUGCUGCAUGAGCCUGCUCCUCUGCACCAUGGCCAUCAAUAUCGCCUUCUGGAACAUUCCUGUAAAUGAGGACUCGCCAGUACUCUUCUCAAUAGGUUCGCUAGAAAUCACCUGGCAGGAGAUCAUGGUGGGAAUAGAGAGCGGCCUUCUCAUGUUUCCAAUCAACAUCCUCAUCAUCACCAUCUUCCGAAGCAUCAAACCUCGCAUUAUUUCCAAAUCUAAAAAAGGCGAUCCUGAGGAUAGCGUGACACAGCCUCCAGUAACCAUACCAAGUACUCUGAAGGAAACACAGGAGAUGAUCGAUAUGUUGAGCAAAAGUCCAAGGAACAAGAUUUCAGAGGUGAACAGGCUGGAGUCAGUCGCUGACCUCUGCCCUGCCUUGGACAGGGUGCAUGAAUUCAUCCAGCUUAUGCAAGGGGAGAGUGAGAGUGACCCCCACUGGGUCUACUGCAGCAAGUUCCUCCUCGCUGGUCUGUGUCACCUCAUGGUGUGCCUCGAGAAACUGGAUGUAAAGCACUUCCCCAGUCCAGCCGACUACCAGCAGACCCUUCAAAUCACCAACCUGCUAGUUCGCAAGGCUGAGAUGGUCUUCAGCAGCCACUUGGCCUACUGCCCGCCACCUGUGAAGAAGAAGAAGAAGUCUGGAGGCUGCUGGCUGCCCUGGUGGUGUGUGUUCCUGGGCUGGUUCCUGUUGCUGUCCAUCAGUGGAAUAUCCACCUACUUCACCCUGUUGUACGGUUUUGAGUACGGCAAACAAAAAUCCAUCAAGUGGGUCAUGUCUCUGGGCCUCUCCCUCUUCCAAAGCAUCUUCAUACUGCAGCCUCUCAAGGUGAUUGGCAUCGCUGUGUUUUUUGCCCUUCUGCUGAAACCUGUGGCUGUGGAGGAGAGCGAAGAAGUUGAGCAAGUGCUGUUAGAGCAACAAGACAAGUGUAGACGCUACUCUGGCAGGGAAACACUGUGAGGAGGCUGCAUUUAGAAGGAGAAGCUGUCCUCUCUGACGGGCACAGCUGCAGUCUACAGCAUCUUCCCUUCUUCAACACUCUUUUGCACUUAUUUGACGUUUUGCUUUCUAAAUAUAUCAAAAUUGCGUAACACA